AUGCCUCCGCUUAGCCUCGAGACAACACUUUACUUCUUCUAUCAUAUUGUGCUGCCUCCGAAACUGCCACUGGAGAGCGAUUGGAAGGUAGAGCACGAAGAUGCCCUGCUCGACAUGACAGUAGAAGUCCUCCAGACGUUUGCCGAGACGGUGCGAAACGAGGAACCACAAGUAACUGGGCCCAUAAAUGUUCUAGCAUCUGCAGUUCAAAACUUGCGUCGCAUUCGUAAUGCGUCAGGGUUUAUCAGCGACUCCCGACUCGAAGAAUUGCUCCAUAGCUUGGCCUCCAGUGAGAUGUCGGAGACUGUGCUCAUCGAGAUAAAAGCACAAAAUGCGGUGGUGGUUAUCAGCAAACAAGAAGCCGGUGCUGACGUCGUCUUUGAGGUUUUCGAACUGUCACCGCUAAAUGAGACCGUGAUGCGAACGAAAGGUCGACUCAAGCGCUCCUUUCUGACUUUUGCUUGUCAAAUCUCUCUUCAACAGUUCCAGGAACAAGGUUUGAUUGAAGCGCUUGCACACACGCUCGGGAAGAUGAGCUGGGAAGAAGCUCCGGGCUUCCAGCCUCAGACCCGCAAGAAUGAGCAAGGCCACGAUGAGACUCGCGACACGACGCAUCCAGGCUUGAUCACUGAUUUUCUCGUGCAUUUCCUCGCCGUCAUCGGCCAGCCUGCUGAUGUGCAAGGGUUGUGGAAGAAUACUCGCGAAGAUGUUCUAUGUUUCGAAGGCUUCCUGCCAUGGAGAAGAUCUGCUUUGUGGCUCCUUGUUCGCACAACCAUGCAGCUUCAGAUUUCUCGCACGUCGUCCGCAAAUGUGUACAAGGCUGUCAUGGUCCAUAUGUUGGCUAGGCUCCUCCAAAGUGUGAAAGCCCAUUACGAAUCGAUAGGUACGUAA